UAAGAUAUUUGAAUGAGUGUGUAUGAAAUAUUGGUUUGUUAGAAUUGCACAAUUAUCAAAUAUGGCGAAUAGAGGAGGUUUGUCUGGAUCUACAUCUUCAGCCUGUACAGAAUCCAAUGACUCGGGAAGUCCGCUGAAAAAAGCAAAAUACAGUUUUGAAAUCUCAGGAGAGUUUGACGAAGACGAUAAAGUGAAAUUUACAUUUCCAAAUGAAGACAACAAACAGUUGUUCUUCUCAAAAGUGAUUUUAUCAAGAUGUUCGCCCAUGUUUAAGGCCAUGUUUAAACAUGAUUUUAAGGAAAAGAAGGAUAACAACGUGAAUAUUGAGGACAUAAAAAGGGUUGAUUUUAUACAGUUCUUGAAAUUCUGUGAUCCGAUGUUGGUUGAACUUCCAAAAGAUGAAAACGUGUUUGAAAUGGUAGAAAUUGCAGAAAAGUACCAGAAUGAGUCCAUGAUAAAACAGUGCAGAAGAGUAAUGAGUGAAGAUAUAUUACCGAAGGAUUAUAAUGAAGCAUUGAAAAAAUACGAAAGUGGUUGGACACCGAAUUCAAGCCGGAUAAUUAAGGUGUUAUCAGUGGCGUCAACGUUUAAUUAUAAAGAGGUACUGCAAAUAGGAGAAAGCUGUUUGGCGUGUUUUGAGGUCAGAAAUCUACUUAAUACCGAAGAUUUUGAAAAAUUGCCCGCAGACUUAAAAUUUCGUGUUCUUUCGAAACGUGUGAUGAAUUCCUACCAGAACGUUGGCUUUAAACCGAACAAAAAUUUACUCAAAUAGAUGUGAAUAUUAGAAAUACGUUUCGAUGGACUUUAGAAAGCACCUUGAUAAUGAAGCAUUCGAUACUUUUUAAAAUAACACUUAGCAUAUACAGGAUAAUUGAUGUAGCAUCAGUGCAUACAAACAGUACUACAAUGGGAUCUUUAAAGACACGAGGAGGGUUUUGAUCACGGCUUUUUUAAAAAGUGAAAAAUGCAAAGACAUGUUUUAUGUCAUUUUAUGGUAUAAAAUAAAAAGCCGAAAUUUGUAAGCUUAAUUGCAUGCAUACAUUUAUUGGAUCUGAAUACAAGUUUUUUUUAAAUAAAUGUAAUUGUA